UCCACAUCAUUGUCAGAGAAUCCAUGCCAGCCUUACGAGCCGCUCUUGUUGCCAUGUCACCGCAGCCUACUGUUCUGGUCCUAGAAAUGUUUGGAACCAACGCUUUCCCCAUCGCAGAAGAGCUAGGCAUCCCCAAAUACGUUUACAUCCCAACCACGGCAGCCUUCUUGGCGUUGACGGUGUACGUUCCUACGCUGCAUAAGGAGAUAGAGGGCGAAUACGUGGACAUGCAGGAGCCGGUUCGCGUCCCAAGUUGCAAGCCGAUUCGGGCGGAGGAUCUGGUCGACCCCAUGAUGGACCGGAAGAACGACCAGUAUGACGGAUAUGUAAAUAUGGGGUCCAUGUUGCCCUUGGCAGAUGCGAUAAUGAUAAACACGUGGGAGGACUUAGAGCCAAAAACACUCAGAGCCCUCCGAGAGGAUCCAAUCCUACGUCGGAUCAUGCCCUUGCCCGUUUAUCCUGUGGGCCCAAUAGUGAUAUCACCGGGCCCACCUUUUGACCAAUCACGUGCAGAAUGUAUGGCGUGGCUGGAUGCACAACCUUUGGAAUCGGUGAUUUACGUAUCGUUUGGGAGCGGCGGAACGCUGUCGGAAGAGGAACUCACCGAGUUGGCUUUGGGGUUGGAGAUGAGUGGGAAACGAUUUGUUUGGGUGGUGCGUCCACCGGCAGGGAAGAACGGGGCUUUCUUCACCGCAUUGGGCGGAGGCGCAGAAGGGCACGAUGAUCUGUCAAGGUACUUGCCGGACGGGUUCUUGACACGAACCAGAGAGAGAGGAUUGGUUGUGCCCAUGUGGGCCCCCCAAGGAGAGGUGUUGAGCCAUCCAUCGAUUGGAGGGUUCUUAUCACACUGCGGGUGGAACUCGACGCUGGAAAGCAUGGUGAACGGAGUGCCGAUGAUCGCGUGGCCACUGUAUGCGGAGCAGAAGAUGAAUGCGGCGAUGCUGGAGGAGGAAGUAGGGGUGGCGGUGAGGACGAAGGAGUUGCCGACGAAGAAAGUGGUGGGAAGGGAAGAGGUAGAGAAGCUGGUAAGGUUGGUAAUGGAAAAGGAAGGGGAAGCAGUGAGGAGAAGAAUGAAGGAAGUGAAGGAGAGUGGAUUGAGAGCGAUGGGUGAGGGUGGAACUUCUCUACAUUGGCUCUCUCAUGUUGCCCAGCAGUGGAAGUUUUGUUAUGCUAAAUCAAAGGCAGUGGAGAAACAGGUGGAAGAGAUCGAAGGAGCUUGCGAGUGGUCAAGAACAUUUAAAGAUCGGCUUACUUCCCGUGAGUUUUUCAUUCGCUAGGGGUAAUCCUUUGAAGGAAUCAUUGCCUCGAUGAUCAAUUCUCCGGUCCCCAGUGUACAGCCCUGACCUGAAUUGUGUGUGUUGGUGUGUGUGUGUACAAAGGGUUGUAAGCAUAGCCUUAGAUCCGCAAUUAAUCAUCUCUCUCUCUCUCUCUCUCU